CUUGAAAAUGCGUACAACAGAGGCAGCAGCAGCAGAGGUUCCAUGCACAGGUGUAGACUGUCCCAACAAGGCCGGCAAGCUGGAAUGCCCGACAUGUAUCAAGCUUGGGAUCAAAGGUUCGGUCUUUUGCAGUCAGGAAUGCUUCAAGAACAGUUGGAAAACGCACAAGCAACUGCAUACUGUUGCUACUUCCAGCGCAAAUCCUUCAGCGGACGGACCUUGGCCAUUCUUCAAGUACACCGGUUCAGUCAGAGCAGUUUAUCCUCUUAGUCCGAGGCGACCGGUGCCGGACAGUAUUCCAAAGCCAGAUUACUGGAAGGAUGGCAUACCCAAAUCCGAGAGAACGGGUGACGUACAACGGAAUCCUCGAAUACUGAACGAGGCUGAGAUCGAGAUUAUGCGCACAUCCUGCCGUCUUGGCCGUGAGGUGCUCGAAAUCGCUGCCGCUGCCAUUGCUCCGGGGGUAACCACCGAUGAGCUCGACAGAAUUGUUCAUGAGGAGACGAUCAAAAGGGGCGCGUAUCCGAGUCCGCUCAACUACCGUGAUUUUCCCAAAUCGGUCUGCACAUCCGUGAACGAAGUUAUCUGCCAUGGUAUACCCGAUCAGCGCAAAUUACAAGAGGGAGACAUUGUCAAUUUGGACAUAUCAUUGUACUACAAGGGCUUCCAUUCUGAUUUGAAUGAGACAUAUGCGGUGGGGAAGAUCGAUGAUGAAUCGCAAAAAUUGAUUGAUACGACCCGCACAUGUCUUGAUGAGGCGAUCGCGAUGUGCAAACCUGGUGCAUUGUUUAGGGAUAUUGGGAAGUUAAUUGAACCAAUAGCGAAGGCGAAUGGCUGCAGCGUGGUUCGUUCAUACACUGCACAUGGCGUCAACCAAAACUUCCACUGUGCACCCACGUUCCCCCACUACGCAAAGAAUAAAGCGUGGGGUGCCAUGAAACCUGGCAUGACAUUUACGAUCGAACCAAUGAUUAAUCUUGGUACCUGGCACGACACACACUGGCCAGAUAAUUGGACUGCAGUUACGCAGGAUGGUAAAAGAAGUGCACAGUUCGAAGAGACGCUGUUGAUUACAGAACACGGUUGCGAGGUUCUAACAGCGAGGAAGGAUCGCAGACGAUUCUACCCGUAGCGGACCAAUGGUGUCAGAAGGGUUGAACGGUAUGGAUGGAGCACAGGAUGUACCUUCGUGUAAUGUACAUUGACU